AAAUCUUGCAAAAUUGGACAAACCCUCUGCGACUUUGUACGACAACAAGAGGUCGUACCUGCGAACCGUGCUCGGAAGGGAAGCGCCAUCAGCGAAGAUGGUACUACCUCCUGCACCACGCAACCUCAAAGGAAUACCUCCAUUUCUAGCGAGGAGCAAACUGUGCAGGGAGCUAAUAUACAAAAGUCGGGACACCGAUCAUUUAAUAGGUCUGCCUCCUCUAGGCAAAACCCGAACCCGACAUCAAAACUAAAAGACACACUGAGCAGAAAGCCCAAUCGCAAGCAGGACGCACUUUCUGCACACACGAGCACCAGCAGCACCACAUCGAUCCAGUCACCACCCAUCGAGCCAGCUUCCUCUCUGCCCACGCUGCACACCACGCAUACACCACCGGCUUCCAGCAAAAGUAACCUUUUUGUGCGGGUCCUGCGACGCUUUUCGAGUAACUCCCUUUCCGGUAAGACGACGACGGUGAGCCCAAAAAUCGAAGUCGACGCACCAAAGGUCAACCAUAACAACAACGGCGCUCUGAACGAACGGCAAACAACCGAUGUAGAGGUGCUUUGCUCUCAGGACAACCAGCGCAGGGAACACAAUGAGGACAAAAUGGAUGGCAAAACAGAGCCUGCAGAUGCCAAGAGCAACCAGAAAGCUGGUCUAGCUUCGGGCAAUCCCAAAAAAGACAAGUCGGCCAAGGGGACGUCGCAAGCGGUUGUCUCAGACACCAAGAAAAUGGAGGCCAGAAAGUCCUCCUCAGACACGGUGAUCGAGCCGCUGAUCAAGCAGCAGGCUCCGCUUCACUCGUCCAAGACCACGCCCACGACCCUGACGGCGAACUUCGUGCAGAACAUUCGAUUCGUGCGCAAAAAUGUGGAGCAGUCGGGCAGGAACACCAAUCCACUUCAGUUCGUUGAGCUCGAGACGGAGUUUCCGCGCGACUAUGAUGACAACAUCGAGAUGCUGUCCCGCGAGGCGGAGCAUUUGGAGGAGCAGUUCCGCACACCCACGCGGUCGAAUGCCACGGAUGCCACCGCCCACCAGGUGGCCGGCAUCAUCGACAACAUUAUUACCGAAGCGUCACGGAGUCUUACAAUCGAGAAGACUGAAGACGAUGUGCCAUUGAAGUCCUCCGCCAAGCACUCGAGCGGCGUCAAGCGCGUUGGCUUUCAGGUCGAGGAGAAGGACGACACAGAAAUCCAGAGUGAAAAGCAGCCAAAGAGCAUCGACGAUAAGGCCAAGAAGUCGGAGAGCGCCGAGGUUAGCGUAGAGGAUUCCUCUACUGUUACCGGGCUCUCCUCGGAUGCAUCCGCAUCCCUGCUGCCCUCCACGACCACGGUGUCCACCACCUCGUCAGCCACAUCGAUCACCAAGAGCAAGAGCGAUGAGGACGACGACCCAGUGGCCAUGUCCCCGUGCGGACGUUUCUUCAAGUACGACAAGGAGGUCGGUCGCGGUUCCUUCAAAACAGUCUAUCGUGGCCUGGAUACGUUGACGGGUGUUCCAGUUGCCUGGUGCGAAUUACUGGACAAGCAAGUGAAGAAAAGUGAACGCACCAGAUUCCGCGAGGAGGCAGACAUGCUGAAGAAACUUCAGCACCCAAACAUUGUGCGGUUCUAUACGUAUUGGGAGUUUCCCAUUGGCCGCAAGAAGAAUAUAGUACUAGUCACCGAACUAAUGUUAUCUGGAACUUUGAAAUCCUAUUUGAAACGAUUCAAGAAAAUACACCCAAAGGUAUUGAAGUCAUGGUGUCGCCAGAUCCUGAAAGGCCUCAACUUCCUGCAUACUCGUCAAUUUCCUAUAAUUCAUCGUGAUUUGAAAUGUGAUAAUAUUUUUAUAACUGGCACCACUGGUAGUGUUAAAAUCGGCGACUUGGGCCUGGCAACGUUGAAAAACCGCUCCCACGCGAAAUCUGUGAUUGGUACGCCGGAGUUCAUGGCCCCGGAAAUGUACGAGGAGCACUAUGACGAGUCGGUGGACGUGUAUGCCUUCGGCAUGUGCAUGUUGGAGAUGGCCAUCUCCGAAUAUCCAUACAGCGAGUGCAAGGGUCCGGCCCAGAUCUACAAGAAGGUGAUCUCGGGCAUUAAGCCAGCGGCUCUGGCCAAGGUGGAGGAUCCCAACGUGCGCGAUAUUAUAGAGCGGUGCAUUGAACUGAAAAAGGAGGAUCGCCCCAGCUGCAAUGAGCUCCUGGAGUCGGAGUUCUUCGACGAGGACAUCGGCAUACGCGUAGAGCCCACGGCCUCGGAACAGUUCCUUUCGGAUCCCAGCAUUAGCAUCAUCGAGUUUCGGCUGCGUUUUAUGGACCCCAAGAAGCGCUCGUCGCGCCACAAGGAGAACGAGGCGAUCCAGUUCGAGUACAACAUCAAGCACGACGAGUACGAGCAGAUUGCGCAGGAAAUGAUGAAGGAAAACAUUAUAUCGGAGGAUGAUUCGCGCGCAGUGGCUCGACUCCUAAAGGUGCAGGUUGUGUCGUUGCUAAAGGAACGUGCCCAGCGUCAGACCCAGAUAAAGCUGCAAAACGAGAAGUCGCGUCUGGAGAAGCUUGCUUUGCAGAAGCAACGCGAGAGCUUGCCGACCAACGUCGACGAAGACGAGGAAGAGGAGGAGGAGUCCGAGGACGAGGAGGAUGGCGUCAAAUGGAAUCAGCGUCUGCAGCUCAAGUAUGACCUACUCAACACUGAUUCGGAAACUAGCCUGGCUCUCUCCACGAACAGCGUCGAGCCCCAACAACUGCCCACACGCUCGAACACUUCGAUCCCGAACACUGGCAUCCAGCAGCCUGUUCAGGUCCCAGUUCCUCUGGCCGUUUCCCAGCUGAUCUCGGUGCAGCCGCAGGCUAUCCCCUCACCGGCCAUUCCCAUGCAACAGAAGCCAACUGUGCACUACAUACAGCCGCCGCAGUUGGCCUCUUAUCAAAACUCGAAUCCGACGAUGCAGGAGAUGACCAACAACCAGGUGAUCUCGCCCACAGGCAGUCAGCAGAUGCAACAGCAGCAACCCAUUGCUGCACCAACCGUCAAUCAUCAGAUGGUGCCGCAACAGCAGGUCAACCAACAACAACAACAGCAACAGCAGCAGCAGCAGCCACAAAUGAUGCAGCAGAUGCCCCAGCAAGUUCAAGUGCAGCAAGUGGCCCCGCAACAACAACAACCGCAAACUGUCUUGGCCCCACAACAACACGAGACGCAACCACAGCAACCACAACAACAACAGCAACCACUGGCAGAUCAACAAAAGAGCCACCAGAUUCCGUUGCAGCAGCAGUUGCAGCAACUAAUGCACACCAACGUGCAGACACCGGACCUGGCGCAGCAGCAACAAAUGGCACAGCAGCAGGCCCAGCAAUAUUUUCAGCAGCAGCAGCAGCAACCACAGCCGCCGGUUGCAAUGCAUCCAAAUCAACUUGCCCAGCAACAGCAGGCUUAUGCGAUGCAACAGGCCGGGCAGCAGCAACAGCUGUCGCAGCCGCUUCAAAUUCAGCAACAGAUUUUACAGCAGCAACAGCAGGCGGCUGUCUCGCAGCAGAUAUUGCAGCAGCAACUGGCCCAGCAUCAGUUGCAGCAACUCCAGCAGCAGCAGCUUCAACAACAGCAACUUCAACAACAACAGCAACACCAAAUCCAACAGCAGCAGCAGCAAAUCCAACAACAGCAAAUCCAACAACAGCAAAUUCAGCAGCAGCAGCAGCAACAACAAUUCGUGCAGCAAUAUGGGCAGGCAAUGCCACAGCAGCAACUAAUAGCGGGUUCGCAGGUAAUGGCACCGCAGCAACACCAACAGCAGCCUAUGCAGAUCCCCGUUCAGAUGCAAGUGCCACCCACUUCUGUGGCUCCUCCAAUGCAGCAAUCAUUGCCGCAGACGUACAACCAGCAGCCUCCGCCAGUGGCACUUGGUGAUCCCCAACAGCAGCAGCAGCAGCAUGCUGGAUUUGCGGCUGUGCCUUCGCAGCAACCACUAUUUGUGCCACAGCCCACACAGCAACCAAUACAGUUGUCCAUGCCUUUGGAGCAGCAAUUGCAACAGCUCCUGCACAGCCAGCCGCCCCAGCAGCAGCAACAACAGCAACCGAUGAGCCAGCAGCAGCAGCAGCAACCUUUAAUUCAGCAUCAGCAACCUUUGGUCCAACAACAAGCACAGCCGCAGCCACAACUGCAACCUGUUGUUCAACAGCAACAACCACAACAGCAGCAACCUCAGGUAGAGCAACACACACAGAUUCCUUCGCAAGUCCUGAUUCAACAGGAAAAUCCGCAGCCAAUCCAGGUUAACCAAGAACUCGCUGUCACCUCGGAAACCAUCUCUGCCCAAACCAAUCCCGAAAAUGGGCCCAAAGCAGAAACCCAGACAUCUGUAGAGCAGCAGAAGCAACAAGCAACAGCGGCAACCCGUUCCCAGAAACCAAGACGAUCCAAUCGGAGCGGCAACGAAAGGAUUCCCAAACUAAGUGUUACCAGUGUGGACGAGGGCAGCGUCAUAAAUUGCCACAUGGAGAACAAACUCAAAACGAUUACAUUUAAAUUCGACAUUGGAGAUGUUAAUCCGGUUGAAAUCGCCAAUAAAUUGAUCGCCCAAGAUUUGCUUUCUAAUUGCCAAAGUACAGUUUUUGUGGAAAUGAUCAAUGAAAUUGUUGACCAAGUCAAACAGAAUCCCAAUCAAAUCCCUAUACCGACUAAUUAUCGCCGCAAUAUAGAAAAGGUCCGACACGCGUCUCUAACUCGACAGCGUUCCACGUUUAGGUCACACCAAAGACAUAGAUCUCGGGAUGAAACCGCCAGCGACAUUACGAAGAUGUUCGAACCCACUAUCCAUGGUGUGGAGACUCUGCCCUCCGGCGGAGGAGGCGCUGAGUCGUCGAACCCCAAUUUGAGUUUCGAGACCAGGUCCAUCAUAACCAAUGCGCAAGAGCCGCAGUUGAACGUUGGAACGCCACCCACAACCACUUCGACCAUGUCUUCCUCAUCAACCGCAUCGAGGGAUGCGCCCAAUAGCAGCAAUGACGUGACCAUCGGAUCCGGUUCCGUGUCUCGCAAGACAAGCACAGCCUCGGAAUACACAUCCCUGUCGAUUGACUACAUGCCCGACAGCAACAUAACUCCAACUGGUCCGGAGCCACCGUUCGACGAUGCCAAGGAGAGAUCACAAGGACAGAAUGUGCAUCAGAAGCCUUGCUCCCUCGCUAUCGCUAGAAUGCAAAAGCUUUUGGAAUCGGCCGGCGGAGGGGCUCCGCGUAGCCUGAAUCUGCCCUUGAACCGUCAUUUAAAGAUUCAGGAGGACUUGAAGCAUACCAGAAGCCUCGACGACUUGACCGCUGUAAAGAUAACCUUUGACAUGCCCAACAAGGCCGCAUUGGAACCUUCGGAGAACCCCCAGCCAUCCACUGCGGUGGAAGCGGAAAAGCCGAAAGAUAAAUCCGCCCAAGCAGCGGGAGCCCAGGGAGCCGGAGCGGCCAACACUCUGGAGCAGUUGAAGAUAGAACUAGAGAACAUAACUCACGCCCACGCCUUCGCCUCUGCAGUAGUGGCCUCCAUCAAUAACAGGACUCCGCACCAGGCCUCCCCGGCCAUGUCUUCACUCAAGACUACUUCUGGACAACCACAAGAGACAAACAAGUCAAAUAACGGAGGAGGAGCAUCGGUAGCGUCAGUGGGCCAGAACACACCCACUGCAGCGUUGACAUCUGCCAGGGGCUCUGGUUCCUCCGUCUACAAUUCGCGGCGCACUUCCAUCGACAACAGCAUGGGCUCUGAUGUUCACCUGCACACUGCCACUAAUCUGGAUGGGACGGUCAGCAACUCGGAUCCGACUCCGACUGAGGCAUCAGUUGGAAUUAGCAUAGGCACGGGCCACGAGAAGCAACUGUCCAAGCAGCCCAGCUUGGAAAAGCCAUCGACCACAUCCAUUUCAACCAACAGCAGUGAUCAGCCGCAAAGGAAUCCCAGUAACGGAUCACUAAAUCAAAACUCAAUAGCUGAUUUGGAAAAGAAACUGGCCGCUUUGCGAAAUACCGAAAAUGCAGAAGAGUCUGCUUCGGCCACAUUGUCGGUUGUAAGCAAGCCAAUCGAAGAGGUUGUGAAUCCGAGUGCCCGUAAAAUCUCGCGUUUCAGUGUCAGUCGCGUGCAGGAGCAGAAAACUUCAACCGGUGUGGAGGAACCUGCGCAGGGUCAACUGAAGAUCGACCUGCAGCUUGCAGGCCCUGGAGGCCAGAUGCAGACCAACAACUCAGUGCCGAACGGCAGUGUGGUCAACACGCCAACCGAAGUCAUCAGCUCACCCAUUCAAAAUGUUCCGCUGGCCAUUAACGGAAUUCAGUUGAUUUACCAACAGCCCCAGCAGAUCCACCAGCUGCCUGGAGGGGCAAACACUUCCACAAGUGUAGCAGGCACUCAGUGCGUUGUGGUGCCCCAAGUUAUCAAUCAGAAUGGCACCCACAUGCAACAAAUGCCUAACCUACAGGCGCAGCAGCAACUUGUGCAUCAGAACAUGCCACAACAGCCUCAGCAGACGCCACUCAAUGGCCACUCACCCAUGGUUAACAGUAUCCAGCAGCAGCCGCAACAGCAAUCCAUGCCGAUGCAGCCGAUUCAGCCGCAGCAGCAGCAGCCGCAGAAUCAACUGCCACUCAUUUCGCAACAACAGCAACAGAUAAUGAUGCAGCAGCAGCAGCAACAGCAGCAGCAGCAGGGCUCCCAGCAGGGAUCGCAGCAAUUUAACUUGCCUGGCACACAACAGACUCAUCCUCAGCACCAAUUCAUACAGACGCAGCCGAACCAACUUCACUCGCUGCCGCCCCAAGUGGUGAGCAUGGCCCAGGGGAUACCGCAUCAGCUUCCACCCAUGCAGACUAUGUCGGCCCAGCAGCAAAUGAUCUCGCAGCAGCAGCACCAGAUGCAGAUGCAGUCACACAUGCAGCAACAGAGUGUGCCCGGAAUGUACAACCAGCAGACCGGAGCUUGUGUGCCAGCGCCACAAAACUUCCAGGGCUCUGUUCCCAAUCAUUUGUUGCAGCAGUCGCCACUGAUGGCAACCCAGCAGCCCGCACAGCCCAUGCAACACGUUAUGCAACCGAUUUUUAACGCUUCGUCUGGUGAAGUUACCGAAGAGCCUGUAUCUCUGGCAGCUACCCAUCCGCACUUGUUGCCAAGCGAUAUACAAUCCGAUAUAAAGCACAAUCUAGACUCGUUGGUCAACCAAUUGUGCAACACGCGCUUGGGUACUAACCAGCACCAACGGCUGUUGCUGUUGCGUCAGAGACAACUCAUCGAGGAGGACGAGCUGCGUCUUAAACACUAUGUGGAAUACGAAAAGUUUCAAAAGGCACUGCGCCAAUCUAUUAGCACAAACGUUCCAGCGAAUGCAGCUUACUAUUCAGCAGCUGCCGCACAGCUUCCAACUAAUUUGGCAGCUCCAGCAGCUCCGUCCUCAUCGAAUCCGACAUCCACUAGCUCGGCAAACACAUAACUGCGCUAACUGUUUCGCUUCAUGCACCUUUGACAAGCCAUACUAACAGCUCUACUCUAUGUUCUCGGCAAUAUAAUUGGCUCGAGUGUGAGGACGUGGAUCUGGAGGUAGAUUUUAAGUAAAAAGUUGUCGAAUGUUACGGGGUUGUCUGUAAAUAUUAGUCAAACGCUUCUUGUUGAUAUGCCAUUGUUUUAUAUUUUUCUUUUUCUUUCUGUUUCACUUUUAAUUUAAAAUUCCUUAUUUCCGAUCUUGGCUUUCGUUUAUUUGUUUAA